CAAAAUCAUUGGAAAAUCAUAGGAAAAAAUUAUAUCAUAUAUAAAUCAUAUAUAAAAGAUUAAUAAAGAAUGGCAAAAGCACAAAUACUUCACGCAAAAGCAUGUUCAGCCAUUGACCAUUUGGCUGGUGAACUUCAUGAAUUGAGCAAGUUAUUAUGGGCAAAACCGGAGUUAAAUUUCGAAGAGCAUUUCGCCCAUGACACUCUGACAUCGUUCUUUGAAAAACAUGGAUUUCACGUCCAAAAGAAAUACGCACUGGACACGGCAUUUGUCGCGUCGAACAAAGCAACGCAGAAAGAGAGUGUGCCUUGCGUAGCAAUAUUAUGUGAAUAUGAUGCUUUACCUGAAAUUGGUCAUGCUUGUGGUCAUAAUUUAAUAGCUGAGGCAGGGGCAGCUGCUGCUAUAGGUAUGAGCACAAAAACAUUGACGGUUUUGAAGAUGGGAAAUAAUACUAUUACAACCACUGAGUAUUUUAACAAAAUACAAAACAAGUGAAACUCCAAAGAUCAGUAACAUUUUUAUAUUUGAAAAAAAAAUCGAUCUUUGGAGUUUCACUUGUUUUGUAUUCAGAGCUGAAACUAGUUGGGGGGGGGGGGGACCCCAAUAUUGGAAUAUUGCAGUUUCGUCAGGCAAGUUUAACAAUUUCAACAACAUGCUUGUCUGGCAAAAAAUAUGUAACUGAGCAAGCAAUUUUACAAAAUUUAUCAAAGUAAUAGUUGUAGGGAAAAUUUUGAUAUUAAAAUUUACGAAAAUAUUACUGAAAAAUUAAUGUUUUGGGGCAAGUAUUUACCAGUCCCAGACCUGCCAAGGUUCCCGCAUUUCGUGUGUAAGUUACGCAUUCUGCUUUUGUUCCCGCUGUCCCGCACGCAUAACUAAAAUGAUCUUAAAGUUACGCAUUUUUACCGCUAUCCAUCUUAAGGUGGCUCCCUACAGUUAUUCUUGUUUAAGCAAUAAGUCCGUAAAACAGGCUUAUUCGAGCAGAACGCGAAUUCUUUUUGACUUGGUGGCAAUAUUGGUCACCUAAGGAAUAUUUCGAACUAGAUUUCGACGAUGUCAAUGUUCCCAUGGCAACAUGACGACAGCAUAAAGCCUUCCAAUUUAACCCAUAAAUGUGCCGCUAUCUCAAAAACAAUGUCGGUGACCUAUCUUUUUUAUUUCAUAUAUCAAUAAGGAAUGAUGCUCUGCAACUGUGGUGAAAGUUUAAAAAAAUUCUGUAGUGUGUGAUUUUUUUAUAAGCGAAAAAUUUAUUGCGAAAUUUCCACACUACAGAUUUUUUUAAAAUUUGAAAUUUAUAAAAUUUACCGCAAAAUAAAUUCGUGGUCAAAAUUUGAAGAUAGGUCACCGAUGAAACUAAUGAGUAAAAUGCAAAUAAAGUUAGAAAAUAGCCUCGUGUAACUCGAGAAAUUCCCCUAUUGAAAAGCGUCGCUGACUAGUAAAAGUUUGUACGCGGGCGCAGAACGAGUUUUCAUUCAGCAAAAUCGAACCGCAAUGUUGUUUUUACUGUUUUGUUUUUGUCAACUUUUCGAUUUAUUUGAGUGCUAUGGACAGCCAAGGAUUAUUGUGAAGGAUUAAAUCGAUGAAAACAAGGUUGAAGCUAAUUGAAUCCCGCCGUUUACUCAUUAUAUGAGCUGUAACAGCCUAUUAACAGGUGGACGUGUUUUUUUUUGUUUCAUGUUUGGUUUUGUACUUUUUGCUAAAAAUGAACAAUUAGGCUAUGAAACUGAAAUAUUUUUCUGUUUACAUAUAAUCACUUUAAUUUUGUAGAAACACGACUAAAAACGUGAACGUUUUCUUGAGAAGUAAACAACUUUUUAAACGUUUGUAUGCAAUUUUGCAAAUGUUUUACAGUUGAGUCAGUUGACAGUGUAUAAAAAAAUUAAAAAAUAUUGUUUCGUAGCUAUAUUUUGGUCUAGUUAUUAUUCAUAUCAUAUGUAGAAUUGCUGUAUAGACUCGCAAGUGAUUUGGCACUCAAAACGAAGUAUUUCUUUUUCCAUUAGAAACCUUUCAGAAAUAGCUUUAUUUUUAAAAAAAGCAUGGUCAAUUUUUGUUUUGUUUUGAUCAUGCAGUUGCGUGAGAUAGUUCAUGUACUUGUCCCGCGAACAUCCCGCACGGAACUGUAGGGAGCCUCCUAAAUACUUUUCGUACAAUAACUCAUUGACAAUGCUGUGUGUAAACGUAGAAUAUUAGAGUUAACAAUCGACCAACCAAAUAAAGACGCAUCGUGGCCUGCGGGUACAUGGCCAAAUACGCUUUCUGACGAUCUGGAGACAACAAAUUUCCAACAUUUUCUCAAUUUUCCUAAUCACAUUAAACUGUAAGUAACACUGUCAUAUUGAUCAGUAGUUAUUUUACUUAUCUUCAUUGUUAGGCAGCAGUAAGACAUUGAAAUCUUGGAUAGGAAAGAUUUCCGACGGUCUAGAGAAUUCAAAUUUUCAAAAUUUUUUGCUCGGUACCAACCAUGAUAGCGCCUCGCGGAUGUUGCUAAAUCAGGUGAAUUGAAACAAUUCAGGCGGUAAAUCUAACCUCUCCCCCCCCCCAAAGUCCUUGCAACAGCCCUGGUCACGCAUUCUUAUCUUCCGAACUUGGCAGGUCUGAUUACCGAAACUUUGUAUGGAGAAAUUUGGGAAAAAUGCAAAGAAAGCAAUUAAAAGUUGGGGGGAGGUUGUUGUCUGGAAAAUUUUUUCCAAAAAGUUUUUUUAGCAACUGAAAUGUCCAUUGGGCACUCCCUAUUGGCAUAGACGGAUUUUCUGGGGGGUGCUACCCCCCAACAUUAGCUAUAGCCCCCCCAAACAAAAUCUCCACCCCUCCAAAAAAAUUUUCAACUCCCCCCCAAUAUUCGGCAUAAUAAAGAAAUAAUUAAGUAGUCCACUCCAACGUGCAGAGUGUUGAUGAUACAAAAUAAACAUAGGAGUACACUCGAACAGAAAAAGACAGUGCAACACUCUGAAACUAAUUCUCCUCGCUUGCAUUCACUGGUUUAUUGGAGCAAUUGUAAAGUUUUGAAACUCUAUUAUCUUCCCUGCAUAGAGUUUGCAGUGCCUUGCUGUCAUGCGAAUAGCUUGCACGCAAGGAACGUUUGGAAUUUUUACGAACACUAUUUUUCAUUUAAUUCUUUUAGGAAAUAGACUUGCCUAGAUUUAAUCUUUAUGCCGCAAAUAUUAUUUACAUCGGAGUUGCAUCAUAAAUUGUACUCGGAUUCAAACAACACAAUGUCAAUGACUUUUAUAUAAAAGUAAAAGCAUAUUGUGUAUUGGCCUAUUGGGUUUCCACUUUUAUAGGUUCUCUCAAAUCUUAACAGACAUGCCAAAUCCAUUGAUAUUACAAAUUGACAACUUCAAAAAACUUUUUUUUGAAACUAGAAAUCAUGAUUUUUUUCAAAUUUUUCCUGGGAUGCUUUGUUUUCUGCUCAGUGAACUAGACUCCCCCUUGCGGCUCUAGUGCUCCACCCCUAGAAUAUAGACCUUACUGGGGUUUGGUGACACUUUGUGUUGCUUCAGUCACCUGCUCAUGGCUCACCCCCCUAAAAUGUCUGGCACCACCCCAGUAAUAAACAUGAAAAUCUGUCUAUGCCUAUUGAUCAGGCAAAACAAGCUCACACCCCCCUGCCGUAAUAUCGAAGUUUCGGCCUUGUUUGUACUAUAAUAUUAUUACCAUUUGUAAAAACCCAUCAAUUGAUAAGGCGAAUAUUUACCAUUAUUAUUAAUUGAAAAAUAUAAUUCAAGUGUUUUGAUUAGCUAAGAGCUGUUGGUGAAAUUAUGAUAUCCGCUUGGAUGUAACACAAUUAAAUGAGAAUUCUUCCUAUAUAUCAGCUGCCAAGGUGCCAACCUUGGCAACUGAUAUAUAGUUUAGCAUUAUAGUUCUGCAUUAUAGUUUUUAUCAUGAAUGAUGAGAAUGGGUUUUAUACAGGGUGUUAGCCAGGAUUUCAAAAGUGGCCGUCCAAAAUAAUUUUGUGGGUGUGGCAACAUAUUUUUGUGGGCGUGGUCACAUGUUUUUGGGUGUGGCCGCAAUCUCCUGUUGUUGAGGAAUUGUGGUGUUUUAUUCGUUGAACCACAGUUAAUAGAUCUAGAGGUUGAACCAUUCUACUUUUAGUUUUACAGUAGAUGCACAUUUCCAUCAUUAAAUUAGUAAAAGCACUGACGUAUGGUAUGAUCACUACCGUAACUGUAACGUGGCACUUGAGCGAUAAAGCGAUUGCUGUUUUUUAAAACAGCGGUUUCACAUUAUUCUCCUUGAUACUUCAUGCGAGAAUCAUCAAAAUGGUUACAAAAACAUGGCGCGUUUUACCAAAAUAUGGCGCGAAGUAUUCAAGAAAUAUUACAAACCUUGUAGGUUGCUAUUUAAAGAAAAUAUUCCCUUAGGCCGUCCAUGGCUGUCCAUUAAAAUUUAGCCGUCCAAAUUCAGAAGUGGCCGUCCAUAGGACGGUCGGACGGCCGCCUGGCUAACACCCUGGAUUUAUAUAUAUUAUGUAAUGUCAAUUGCUGUGAAUAUUGAUGUGAAUAUUGCCAACAAAAUGUUUUUUGGUGGUGUCCAACAGGGGUGCACCGGAACUCGGUUCGGCCGGGAACCCAGAUUUUUCAGAGUUCCGGUUCCGGCUGGAACUGAUAAAAAAAGCAUGACCGGAACCGGAACUCUGUUAUUUUCAGAGAGAUAGAAUAUCAAACGUUUUUGUGUCUAACAAAAGUUCAAGGUAGGAAGAAAUUUGGACUACACAAAGAAAAUAUUUUGAGGAUAUUACACGGCGGCGUGAAGAUAUGACUUUUAUCUUCGAGUGGUGAAUACAAUAUUUUACGAAUGAGUGCAGCGAGUGAGUAAAAUAUUGUUUUUAACACGAGAAGAUAAAAGUCAUAUCUUCAAGCCCACCGUGUAAUGUUCUGUUUAUUAUAUAGUCCCAAGCAAAAAAUUGUGAAAUUUCACGCUCAAAAGCAAAUUGAAAAAGUCAUGUCAAUUGAUAGUCAUGUGAUUGAUAUCGGCCUUGCACUCAGAGUAACAUCACAAACAUCAUAUUCACCUGAGUACAUAACACCAACACAGAAAAAAUCAUGAUUACUAGAUUUCAUUGAUAUUGAAGGAACUAGACUCAGUUCCGAAAUAUCACAUACUUGAAUUUACCGACCUGACCGCGUAGCUCAGUUGGCAGAGCAUUGGGCUAGUAUUCCAAAGGUUGUAGGUUCGAUUCCCACCGUGGCCAGGCAUAGUUUUCAAGCUUGCCCGGUGUGGAUAUACACUCAGUGUAAUAUCACAAACAUAUUCACCUGAGUACAUAAAACCAACACAGAAAAAAGACUUCAUUAUGACGUUUAACGUUUGUCUUUUUAUUCUAACAUUUGCAAGCUCUCUCCUUGAUGACUUUGAAGUGUCUGCCUAUAUAUGGCAAAAUAAAUCCGUUCUGGUUCCGGCUGGAACUCUUUUCCAGUUCCGGCCAGAUCCGGUUCCGGCUGAAACUUAAAAAAUUGGUUCCAGUGCACCCCUAGUGUCCAACAGUUUGUACAAGAAAAAAACAUUGAUGUAAAUACACUGACCCUAAGUCUGAAAAGUAUGUCACUUUGGCUAUAGCCCCUCAUUUUCAUGAUUGACAUGUUUCGCUUUAACUUAUGUUGCAUACAUGAAAAACCAGGCUGGUUCUAUGGCCAAAGUGUAUGGUUCUAUGGGUGUAUUGUGCAUUAUUUUCACAUCAAUGUUUCCAAUCAUUUGCUAACUUUGAGAUUCUACAGCAUUCAUAUUCUGCAAUUGCGAAUUGCUUCCUAAAACUUGGUGUUUUUCACAAGACUAAACAAUUGAACUAACUUUUUUUCUUUUCCCCUUAGGUAUAAAAUCUGCACUUGCUCAUGCACCUGAUGAUUUAGGUCAUCUUGUUGUCAUGGGAACACCUGCAGAAGAAGGCGGCGGUGGGAAAAUACUUAUGCUUGAGAAGGGCUGCUUUGACAAAGUUGAUUUCAGUAUGAUGGUACACCCAACACCAUAUGAUGCUAUUUACAGCCAAUACUUGGCUGUUCAUAAUGUGUAUGUGACUUUUAAAGGCAGGGCUGCACAUGCUGCAGCAUUUCCAUGGGAAGGAGUGAAUGCCUUAGAUGCAGCAGUUCUGAGUUACAAUGCAAUCAGCAUGUUACGACAGCAGAUAAAACCAACAUGGAGAGCUCAUGGUGUUUUUACUGAAGGAGGUAUUGAGCCAUCAAUCAUUCCAGAGAAGACUCAGCUGCAUUAUCUCUUCCGUGCUCCUUCAUUAAAAGAGUUGGAGGAAUUUAAGACGAAAGCAGAAAACUGCUUUAGAGCUGCUGCAGAAGCCACAGGUGAGGGUAUAUGUAUAAUAUAUAGAAAAUGUUCUUGAGUGAGAUAUUUCAUAAUUUCCAGACAGCGAGCAAGCAGAGAACUCUGCCCGCUGCGGCUGGGUUUCAAACCUGUGACCUUCGAAUUACUAGAUUGAUGCUCCACCAACUAAGCUACACGGUCAGGACGGAUUGAAGACUGGCAAUUAUGAACUAUAUUACUGAAUAUCAUAAACAUACUCGUUUAUAUAGUACAAUCUGCAGACAUGGACUGGCUGCAUAUUAGCCAACCUCAACAGGAACAGGAAAGAGGACUUGAAAUCAAACCAUGCUAAAGUGACUAAACGUUUAAUAUUUUGAAUAUACAAUUUGAUUGUCAUUGGUCCACGCCAAGAAUUGAUGUCAUGUCUUAUACAGACAUGCAAUAAUGCAAAUUUCGUUUGUUUGGACUUGCAUAUUUUCGUCCUUUGGACUCUUGCAGUUUGGAUCGUCUUUGAAAAACUCACUCUUGAAUGAUUUUUUCCAAACAGGGUCCCAAACGGUCCUUGAAAAUCCUGGAAAGUCCUUGAAUUUGGUAAAAAAAAUCCAGGCCUGGAAAGUCCUUGGAAACUGAUAAGGUCCUUGAAAGUCCUGGAAUUUUUUUUCAGUAGGCUGGAAAUAAUUGAAGAAUUAUUACCAACCCAAGGAUUAUUGCCCAAAUGUUUAUUUUCUCCAAUUUCAAUUAAAAUUAUGUAUAACAAUUGUCCAAAAGGUGUGUUGCGAAGCGGGUAUUCGACGAUCAAUCGGUCACGUAAUUUGAUAUUUGUUCACAUUAUGAUUAUGUGUAAACUAAAAAGGUGGUUACAUGGUCCUUGAAUAUACUGAAAAAGGUCCUUGAAUGUCCUGGAAAAGUCCUUGAAUUUCAUCUUCACUAAAAGGUGGGGACCCUGAAAUUGCACUUGAAAGCAUACCGUACACAUUAUGGACUUAAAUAACAGGGGCCACGUCCAUCUUCAAGUUGCCACAUAAAAUGUGGUUAGGUCAAAAGUAACUAUUAUUCUGCGAAGUUUUCACGAAUUAUACAGCAGUUGGAAAAAUUAAUAUUUUUAAACUAAAGGCAUGGCAUGAUCAUAAGGCAUGGCACAAUCGACAUUUUCAAUGCUGGAUGGAUGGGUUAGAAGAAACCUCAAUUUGACGUUUUGCAUGGCAGCUUGAAUAUGGACGUGGUCCUAAAAACACUUGACACGUCACAGAUCGUUGUUGACUUAAUUCUAUGUACUAGGUUGUUCUGUUGACAUAAAAUGGUGUGGUCAUGGAAAAGAUCAUCAACCUUAUAUUGAUGUAUUAAACAACCCAGUGCUGGGCGAUCUCUAUCGGAAGCAUGCAGAGUCUCUUGGAAUUCAAUUUCUACCACGAGUUAUUGAGGCAAGCCUACCAACUGCAUCAACAGACAUGGGCAAUGUUUCCCAUGUUGUACCAUCCAUACAUCCACUCUACAGUAUCACAACUAAAGCAGGAAAUCACACGCAUGAGUUUACCAAGGCAACAGGUGAUGAAAUAGCACAAUCCCCCACUCUUAUUGCAGCCAAAUCUAUGGCAAUGACAGCUGUCGAUAUCCUCUGUAACCCGGAAAUGUUGGAACAAAUGAAAAACAAACAUAAUGAGGGAAAGUAAUCGAGUGCAUAAUGCAUAUAGCAUUGUAUUAAAAUUCUAAUACCGUAUUUCCUUUAUAUUAUAGGCCCUGAGGGGCUGAGGGCUCUCCCAGUGGUUCUAAACUGUGUAGUAGUCAAAGUAGAUUAACAAUACAUCAAAUGCAUAUAAUGUACAGGGUGUCCCAAAAAAAGUGACACUAUAGAAAUUAUCCUAUUGUUAUAAUUUGAAUGCCCUAGCAUUAAGUUGAUUCCACAGGUGCAUAAACUUCUGCUUCUGGAAUUUAAAAUAAAAAAGCAAACCGUUUAAUAGUGUAAUCGUUUUGCUUGAUCGGGCGUUAAAGUUUUUGGACAAAGCGAAAACGUUUUAAAAUGCUUAAAUGUAAAUACAAGUUCAUUAAAUUCCCAGGCGUGUAAUCACGCGCGUUUAAGAGCGGCUUAAGAACAAUGAGAUAAUUUCUAUAGUGUCACUUUUUUGGGGGACACCCUGUAGUUUUGGCUGGGUUUUUUUAUAGUAAUAAUCACUUAUUAAAAACCAACCACAUAAAUAUGUCUGAGCUUCAAACAAUUGGCAUAUGUUUAUUUUGGUUGUAGUAUAGUAAUCGUAAUAAUUGUUUUUUAUUUGCAAAAUAAAUAAUUGUUUUUAUUUGCAAAAAAUUGCUUAGGCAUCAACAACCUCGUACCCAGUUUCUCAAUAUUCGCUCCUACCUCGCUUGAAUUGAGGCCCUGGUAUCGGCUCGUCACGUGACCCGUCAUAUUUUGGUGGAUUUGCUAAAUUUUUUUUAGGGAAAGGAUAGUAACUGAGAUGUUUUGUUUUGUAAUGUUAUUUUAACAAUAUUAAUGUUUACUACAAUAUCUACUUACUAUACUUUCGCUAAAACAAUUGAGCAAAUCCGCCAAAAUAUGACGGGUCACGUGACCAGCCGAUACCAGGGUCUCGACAUAGAAUAAAGAUCCAUUUAGAAGGGCCUCUUACGUCGGAAGCUUUGAAGUUUCUGUCCUCGCGCAUGUCGCAUUACGCAUGUUGGCCGCCAUUUUCCUAGCCAGUCAAUGACAUUUUCUGGCCAAUAAACACGCUUACUGGCUGGCUGCUCCGCCUUCUGGCCAGUAAACUGCAUAUUUUUGCAUAAAAAGACGAGGACACGUUGCACCGCUGAGUGAACCUUCUGUUACUGAUCUUUAUUCUGUGGUCUCGAUUCAAGCGAGAUAGGAGCAAAGAUUGAGAACCUGGGUACGAGGUUGGAUUACUCUUGAGAUUACUCUUGAGAGUAAUCAUGACAUAUAUAUGUAAAAUUUUUGUUUUGCUCAUUUGCCAUAAAAUUAUCACAUUUUUCUUAAAUUGAUUGGCUGUUUGAAUCCUAUGAUUUUAAAUGAUUUUAAUAUGAUUGCUCUAAUAUGAUUGGUUGAUAGCUAUAGUGGUGUAUGGUGGCCCAUUAGGCUCAUUACAAAAUAACCACAACGAAGGAAAUAACAUGUAUUAUUCAAAUUAAAAAUUAUUUAAUAUACUUUUUUUUCUCAUUCUUAAUUUCUUUAUUA